AGUUUGAAAAUUUGAAUUUUUAUACAAAAAUUCUCAAUAUUCUACCUACCGCACUACAAAUCUUAGUGGACUUAGAUGUAAAUAUGGAACAAAAACUGGGACAUGGGAUUAGUUGGCCAGUUAUUUGUUUUCAGAAGCAUGGACUUGAUUGUGGGGAAAACCGCAAUCCACCCUACUGUGCCCAGCAAUCCUCUCGCCCAUAAUUAACUCCGCAUAGGAUUCGAACUUGCGAACCCACGCAGGGUAAUCAGAGAUGUGGUGGCGAGCGUAUUCCCAAUGCUUAGCACGAUGCCCCACACCAUCGAGCCAAUGAUAGUCCACCACACCAUCCUUAACUUUUAUAUCCACAGAUCCAGGAAUAAUCAAUCAUAAAAAAGUAAAAUGACAGGAUUACAGUCAGUUGCUAUAAAAUUAUUUUGGCUGGUAAUGCUUCAUCGACUGCUGUUAUCGAAAAGACAGACAGUGCAGUAGUCUAAAGUAAUACUAUGAAUAGCUUACUCUCAUGAUAUUUUUUUUCUCAGUUAUCUUAAAACCAUAUCUCGCACCAGUCAUGGCACUGAAGAAUACUGUUCUAUCCUGCCUAUUAACGCUAUGCUGCAUUUGUAUAAUGACAGCUGAAUCUCGUCCCAAUAUUAUUUUUAUAUUGGCUGAUGACUAUGGAUUUAAUGAUAUUGGUUAUCAUGCAAGAGAGCAUGAAUCAGCAAUGAAGACACCUUUCUUGGAUCAUCUUGCUAGUGAGGGAAUCAAACUAGAAAACUAUUAUGUUCAACCAGUAUGCUCACCGACUCGAAGCCAACUUUUGAGUGGACGUUACCAAAUACAUACUGGAUUACAACACGAGGUUAUUAAGCCCUCACAGCCAAAUGCUCUUCCAAUUGAAAACAUACUUUUGCCUGAGCAACUCAGAAACUGUGGUUACGAUACUCAUAUGGUAGGAAAAUGGCAUCUUGGAUUUUAUAAGGAAAAAUUUUUACCAUGGAAUAGAGGUUUUAAUUCAUAUUUUGGAUAUUUAUCUGGCGGAGAAGACUACUAUACCCAUCAGCAUGGUUAUCAUAGAAUGAGUGGGGUUGAUAUGUGGGAUUCAAAACUUGGUCCUGUCAAUAACACAUGGGGAGAAUACUCUGCUACUUUAUUUGCCAGAAAAGCAAUCGAAGCGAUUGAUAAACGAGAUCCUGCAAAACCUCUUUUUUUAUAUCUUGCCUACCAGUCUGUUCAUUCUCCAUUACAAGUACCUGAAAAAUAUAUUGAACCAUUUAAACAUAUUAAAAAUAAACAAAGGAGAACGUAUGCUGGGAUGGUCCUAGCAAUGGAUGAAUCAAUUCGUAAUGUAACUCGGCAUUUAGCUGAUGUCGGUAUUUUAGAUGAUACAAUUAUUGUGUUUUCAACUGAUAAUGGAGGGGAGACAAGGGCUGGGGGGAACAACUGGCCAUUAAGAGGCAAAAAAGCAACCUUAUGGGAGGGAGGAAUAAAAGGUGUCGGUUUCGUGCAUGGUCGUCGUUUAAAAACUCAUCACAUGACCUAUAAUGGACUUCUCCAUGUAUCUGAUUGGUUCCCAACUUUAGUAGAAGGUAUAGCUAGUUGUCCGAAAGUCAAUGAAACGCAGCCAUUGGAUGGCUUCAACCAAUGGGACGCCAUCCAACAAAAGACUUCAUCUCCAAGAAAGGAAUUGUUACAUAAUAUUGAUCCAUUGUACAUAUCUCAUAUCAAUCGUACUACCAAUAGCCUAAAACAUGGGUUUGAUGUUAAAGUCAGAGCUGGUAUUCGUGUUGGUCAGUGGAAAUUGUUAACUGGUGAUCCAGGGUUCGCAGGAUGGGUGAAGCCCCCCGAAUCCAACAAGUAUGAUGAUAGUAUGUACAAUGAUAAUUCAAUUUCUUUCAUGAAAGCAACAAAUGUAAAGUUAUUUAAUAUUGAAACAGACCCUUAUGAAUGCCAUGAUGUAGCUGAUAAAUUUCCAUCUAUUGUAGAAAAACUUUUGACCAGAUUGGCAAAAUAUAAUUCUACUGCUGUGCCAGUGAGAUUUCCACCAGAUGACCCAAAGGCUGAUCCUCGAUUUCAUGGCGGAUAUUGGUCUCCGUGGAUGGUUGAUUAAUGAAAAUAAAUUAUGGGAACUAUUGCACUUAUCAAACACUCUUGAAAGCAUGUUUAUAUUAAUUUUGCAAUCAAGGUUCCCUAGAUACCGACUGAGCUAUCUCUUGGGUGUUUACUAAACUAUUUUACUGCACAACUGUUAGUCUGUUAGUACAAAAUUUGAAAGUAAACUACUAAAUCUAAUACAAGUAUGAAAGUACAGCAAUUGUGCAAGCCUUUUUAUAUUAUUGUUUCAAGUUUGCUUCUUUGCUGUCUCUUAGGUUUGUACUGAACUAUUUUAUUACUUGUACUCCAAAAAUGUUUUCAAAGGUCUGCCCUAAACAAGUAUUUUAUGUCAGUCCAAGAUUUUUAUAUAGAAACCAAUGGCCUAAUGUAAUUUAAUAAUAUAAAAAAGGCCUGUGCACUGGAAGCAAUAUUUUCAUUAUGAUACUGCCUAACAUAAUAUUAUACACAAUGUCUUAUACUGUUCCUAAGUUAAAAGUUUCUGGUUUAAACCCACCAACAUGUCCAGGCUAUGCCUAACUGAAAAGAUCUUAGUCUUUCAAAAAACAUAGCUUUAUAUGAAUUAGUGCACUGCACAGAGCCUGGCUGAAAAUAAGGAGUUCAAUACCUUUUUAGAUAUCUUGUCUAUGGAUGAGUCUUGUAGUAACCUUGUUACUAACUUACAAAACCUUUUAUAUGUUCCAUGGUCAGUGUUAGCAAUAUUAAUUCCAGUUUUAUUAGUACCAUAUUUCUAGCCAUGAUCAGUAUAUUAAAGUAUUUUUUAACACUUGCACUUAUUAAACAUAGAUUUCCCUGUUUGAAAGUAUUAUUUUUAAUAUUGUCCUGUUAUUUUUAUUUUUUGGCUACUUUCACUAUUUGCAGCUAUAUACCUUUGAUUUCAGAAGCCAUUAUGUUACGAAUAUAUUUGUACGAUGACUAUCCAACAUUAGAGAUUUUAGGUAUUUGCAAUAAUGUUUUAUUCCACUAGAUCGUGUCUUGCAUUCUAAAUUACAUUUUAUUUUAGU